AUCUUUUGGCUACUACCAUUUCUCCUACUGUAUAUGAUCGCUUUCGGUGGAACAGUUGUGCCGAAAGUCAACCUGAUCCUUACGCUGGUUUGCAGAGACUAUUUCGCGGAGAAAGCGGCCAAAGAUCCAAACUUUACAUAUCUUCCAGUGCUACUGGGUGAUGAUAACGCACAGUGCCGCAUCCCCGAGGUUCAUUCUCUCGUGGCGCAAUUCCAAUUAUAUCUGAAUUUGAUAGCAGGAAUUUUGUCGGCUCUGGCUAGUCCUAAAUUAGGUCAACUUUCAGACCGCUACGGCAGGACUAGGACAAUCGCGCUGGGCACGCUUGGUGCUAUACUGUCGGAGCUGAUUAUCGUUGUUGUGGCAGCAAAGCCAGAGACUGCGUCAGUAAAUCUGCUCUUGCUGGGAGCAGUCUUCGACGGGCUGGGCGGCUCUUUCACCGGGGCUGUAGCUCUGGUUACUUCAUAUGCUUCAGAUUGUUCGCGCCCAGAGACGCGCAAUGUGGCUUUCGGGUAUUUCCAUGGGGUUUUGUUUACAGGAGUUGCGGCCGGCCCGUUUUUGGCAGCUUUGGUAUUGAAACAAGGCGGCAACGUGUUCAACCUUUUCUGCGUCACAUUGGCGUUCCAGGUACUCUAUUGCUUGAUUGUCUGGUUGAUUGUCCCCGAGUCUCUGUCAGAGGAGCAGCAACAAAUCGCUCGAGAAAAGCAUUGGAUGAGGCGUAUGCACGAGGAGACUAACUGGCUUUCUCGUUGGAAUCCACUAACCCUCAUCGUACCUCUCUCAAUCUUGGUACCGCCCGUUGGCCGACCAAGUACCUUUUUUCCAAACCGCGGAGGGGCAAGUCGAGAUUUGUGGAGAAAUCUUGUUCUUUUAUCUACCAUGGAUACGGCAGCGUUCGGAGUGGCACUAGGCACCGCGCAAGUGGUCAUCAUCUAUGCGGAAUACCUGUUUGGAUGGGGUAACGUCGAGUCCAGCAUGUUUGUCUUCAUCGUUAACAUAGUUCGGGUGGUUAACCUCCUACUCAUCCUUCCACUUGUGACCCGGAUAUUCCGCAAGCCCUCGACCGAAGAACAUUCGGUUGCGGGCUCAGACAUGUUAGACGUCACACUCAUCCGAUUAUCAAUUGUGCUUGAUGUCAUUGGCUAUGUCGGCUAUGCUUUAUCCAGACAUGGCUCCGUGUUGACAUUCUCAGGGGUUAUCACAGCAUUGGGAGGCAUGGGGCCACCCUUAAUGCAAGCUUCGCUGACGAAGCACGUCCCGAAAGAUCAUAUAGGGCAGGUUCUCGGGGCUAUAGGCUUAUUGCAUGCCCUUUCUCGAGUUACUGCUCCUGCAUUGUUUAGUCUAAUAUACAGUCUGACUGUAGGAAAGUCCCUUCCGCUUAAAAUCAUGGUCACAAAACCGUCAAGCAGCACCGCCGGCACCCCGGCCGUUCCGUCUCGAAAUGCCCUCCGACUUCUACGACGAUUAGCACUCGCAGGCUCGACGGUGGGGAGCUUUUGUACUGUGGCGGCGAUUACAUAUGAUAUGCAUCGGAGAGUUCGUGUUGCAGAACGAAUUGUCGAGAAUAAACGGGCGCUGCAGACCUCUGCGCCGAAUUACGAUGCGACUUCCGCGGCGAGACGACUGGCAAGAAUGAUGGAGGCAGCGGAGGCGGGCGAUUUCAAUGGUUCUGAGUCAGUGAGAGAGGACAAUCGGAAAGUGCAUGAUGUACAGGGUGGUUCUCAGGUUGAUGCGGGGUCGCAUAGCCUGGAGGUCGACUCCACUAUUGAGGAAGAUCUUAAGGCUUUGAAAAAGGAGGAUACGUUACCGGAAACUACAGCAUCCGAUAAACCGGAUUCUCAAUGGCAAUACCCGAAGCGAUUACGAUUCAAAUUUUCGAAUAAGAGCUUUGGGAGUGCCGUUGGAAAAUCGAAUACAGACCGAAUAGGCAUCAAGGAGCUCACGUCUUCAAUUGAGGAGGGAACACCUGCUGCACAACAAAUGCAGAUACUACUGGAUCAUGACCGGCCAAUAGAAGCUGCGCAAAUAUUCCUGGAAGCACAUCCCGCCUCGCUGAAAGGUAUAUCGACAGGAAGAAAGGAACUUGCGAAGCGAGCAUUCUACGUCAAUUGCAGCCAGGAAAACGUGUUUAUGGCAAGAAGUAUCUUUGAGCGGCUGGAAGAGGUGGACCAGAACUCGGUCACACCUCGGAUGUGGAACGAGCUGUUAUUUGCGCUGGCGAAGAAAGGUUCCAUUGAAUCCACUGCAUCCCUCUUUACACGGUACCGGAAUAAAUUCCGCCUUAAUUCCGAAAUGGUGGACAUUGUGCUCCGGUCCUUGCUCGAGUCUCACAGGCUUGCGACUGCGAAAUGGCUUAUAAUGCGAAACUUGCAUGUGGAUCGUGACUGCGGCUUGUGUGGUGCAUUUCUGACAGGUCUUUGGAAGAAAACGAGGAGCAUUGAGCUCAUGAACACACAGCUGAUGAAACUAUUGACCGUCCUACCUAAAAUAGACAAAUCGCCCACUGACAAACUCUUUAACCCCGUGGUCAAAGCAUAUAUCGAAUUCGGCCGCUUGGGUGACGCUGAAGCUUUAGUACAGAAAAUGAUUACCACCUACGACCUGCCGCUCAAUUGUCGGACUAUGGGCUUGCUGGUGCACGGGAGGGCUCUGCGAUGUGAUUGGGAAGGUGUUGAAUCUGGAUUGCAAGAGAUGCAUGAUCUCAAACUUACCAGACGACGAUUUGACUUUGUUCGAAUUUUUGACCGCAUAUUCCUGGAGUAUUGGGUUUCGCGUUCGGGGCAGGAGAUCCAUGAUUAUGUCUUCCGUUGUAUCGACAAAUACGACAUUGUGCCGGAUCGAGUCCUCUACAAACACAUCCUAGAAGCUUUUGUGGAGAAAGGAAACAAAGAUAUGAUAUCCAAAAUCAUCCACAUAGCGCGUGAGCGGUCCUGGAAGAUCAAGAUCAACGAAGAAGAAUUCCUCGAAACGUUACGGGCUCGACGCUUGGCACUUGAGGAUAGCCCGGUAGGAUUCUGGCAGAUGCUCCAAGCAGCGCGGAUACGGCACGGCCAGGCAGCUGCAUCACAACAAAUCCUUGGAUAUGACCAGCGAUCCUUCCCGUCACCAGAAGUGAACAAACUGCCCUUCACACAACAACCAAUGCCUUGGUACGAACGAUCACUCAAGGAGGUCACGUCGUCCAGAUCUGUCGACCAGUACCAGAGGCUUCACAAGCAAAUGUCACAUUUCAUGCAUGCAGGCAAGAUGGCGGAGGCUCUGAAAUGCUUCAACACUGGCAGAAAAGCGGGAUUCCACAUGAAGCAGAUUCACCUGGAAUUGGCGGCAAUUGCAACCUUACUCGAGCAUGGUAUCACUGCCACGCGGGCCUUUAUCGACAAUGAACGUCAAGGCCUCCCAGAUUGGUCCAAUCCGAGGUUCUUCACCCAAAUUAUGGAGGUCCCCGAUACAGCAGAGAGUGAACAAGUGAAAACGGCAAUUUUCCGAUUUUACCAGCUUUGUUUGAUCAACAAGAAAAUGAAUCUGAAGCACCAUAUCACAGUAGCUAUUGGCCGGCGACUGAUCGUUUUGGGAAAGCCAGACAUUGCUCUUGAUCUCCUCACAGCAGUCUACAUGUCACGGUACCGAGGUUUCGCGAAAUUUGACGGUGUAUGUAUGAAGUUGUUCGUGCGCGUCUUUGCGGAUCUAGGGAGCCUUGCGGGUAUCCGAUGGGGAAUUUUGAGCGGUCUUGCGCGGCGUGGCCCGGUUACUUGGGACUUGGUAGUCGAAAUUCGUCGGGUACUGGGUGUUUUGCAUCGGGAAUUCAGCGCUUCUCCGUCGCCAGCGAACACUGAGCGAUUGGAGUAUUUGGAUCAUAUUGCCGAUCUGCUUGAACAGAGAAGCGAGAAGAACACUAACAAGUCGGAACCUGAGAUCAACCGCGAGGAGUCAACACCCAGACAAGACAGACCGGAGCAACUUUUUGAUGAGGCGACUCUCUAUAGAGAGGAAAAUAUCCAUGAUGUUCUCGAGGGAUGGGAUGAGAAGUACGAAUUGGAGUCUGUUCUGCUGUCCAUGGACAAGUCUGGCGGUGAUGAAAAGGGGUUGAAUGAUCUGGAACAGAAGAUGUCUGCAUUGUAA